AUGGUAAAGCUGUCACCGCGAAGGAACCAGAGGAACAACAAGGGAGUCAAGGUGAAGCACGCCCUUCACAUAUGUGUACUGGGAUGCGUCUGCAUUUGGCUGCUCUAUCAAGUCUACCACUCGCGAAACAAGACAGCAACAUACGAGGCGUCCACAAAGGCGGCAACUGGAAACCGCAAUGAUUACAUCAAGUUGGGGAGGAAGGACUUGGAUCCCCGUAUAGAGGAAAUGACUGCCGAAGACCUCAAGAAUGGCGGGCAGGACGAGGAAGAGGGCAAGAGUUUUGACGACGACGACAACAGCAAGGCGGUGGAGCUUGAACAAGAUCAGGAAAAAGUGGAAGAGAGCGAGUCGCUCAACAGACAGAAAGAAGGUGAAGAGAACUCAGAACCAGAAGUUAAGGGAGGAGAUAAGAGUAGUGGUGAGAAAGAGGAAGAGAGUCGAAAUGAGGAACAAAAGGGGGCAAAGCAAGAAAAAGCAGUCAAAGAAGAGAACAAGGCUGUAAAGAGGGAAGAAACAGAAAAGCUAAGUGAUAGCAAAGAAGAGAAGGCGGAGAGCAAUGGAAGUGAAGAAAGAAAUGAAAAUGGAGGCAUAGUGAAGGGAGUAGAGGUAGAGGAACACAAUGAGAGAAGAGAUACAAUGAGUGAAGGAGAAAAGAAGCAAGAGGGCAAAGAAAAGGACACAGAGAACAUAUUUGCAGCAGCAGAAAAUGGCACUCAUGACUCUCAGGACGAUAGUUUAGCCGAGAAAGGUAAUGCAGAGACCAUGACCAUGAAAGAACAAGAUGAACCCAAAAAUAGCCCAAAGAAAGCAACAGAUCAUGACAAGAAUAGUGAGUCGGUUUCAGGUUCAAUUUCAAAGUCAGCAGAAGUAAAAAAUGGAGCAUCCUUAGGAGGGACAGGGAAAACCAGUUUGGAGGAUAGCUCCAAUCCUACAGAAGGAACAAUAGAAGCUAAAGAACAGCAGCAAAUUGAGGAUAACUCCAAUCCCAUGGCAGGAAAAACGGAAGCUAAAGAACAGCAGCAAGUACCUGAUAAGCCAGUCACUGAUGCUACGCAAACAGAGAAUAGAUCUGCCGGUUCAGGGGAUGAAUCCAAUACUGUUGGUGAUGAAACUGGUUUGGAGGAUAAUUCCAAUCCUACAGUGGGUUCAAAGGAAGGGAAUGAACAGCAACAAGAACAUGAUAACUCCAUAAUUGGUUUAAUUCAAACCAAAAACAAACCUGUUGAUUCUAGUGGAGAUGGCAAAGAAACUGUUCCAAGAGAACAGACUGAUAGCUUAGAUGCAAAUUCUAUUUCUUCCUUAUCAAAUGGAGAAUCAAGUUCAAAUUCUACAUCUGGUGCUGACUCCGGUUCUGGAGAAAAAAUUAACCCCUCAAAUGACAACGAGACUACAAAUCCAAGUGAUAACGAUUCAACAGAUUCAUCAACCUCCCAAAAUGAAGAUUCAUAUUCAGGCUCAACUACAAACCCAAAUGACGGCCAACAGAACCAAUUCGAGUCAUCCAAUUCAGCUCUUCAAGAAGAGACAGAUGUCCGUACUGAUUUGGAAACUAUACCACAAUUCCCACAAGCAGAAACUGAAGAGAACAACCAUGAAGCUACAGAGUAA